UUUUUUGCCCUUUUUUUUUUUCAAUUUCGCUUUCAAUUUUCCCUUUUCUCUCUCUCUCUCCUAUGGAACCACCGCCUCCUUCUCUCUCCUCCACAGCGGUGGCUUCCACCGUCGUUCCCACAACCACCGUGCCUGUUCCUCCUCCUCCUCACGUGACGUCAUCUUACCCCGAGUCUCUAGACUCUUCCCCUAGGUCUCGAACCACCGAUGGCUGGGACGAUCUCCCUGCUCCCUCCGGCGGCGGCGGCGGCGGAAGCGCCGUCUCUUCUAAACUCCGUCUUAUGUGCAGCUACGGCGGUCAUAUCCUUCCUCGUCCUCACGAUAAAUCCCUCUGUUACAUGGGCGGCGACACCCGCAUCGUCGUCGUCGACCGUAACUCCUCUCUCUCUUCCCUCGUCGCUCGUCUCUCCAACACGCUCCUCAACGGUCGCUCCUUCACGCUCAAGUACCAGUUACCCAGCGAAGACCUCGAUUCCCUCAUCUCCGUCACCACUGACGAGGAUCUCGACAACAUGAUCGAGGAGUAUGACCGUACGAUCUCCGCCUCCAAUUCCACCAAACCCUCGCGUCUCCGUUUGUUUCUCUUCACGGCCAAGCCGGAAGCAACUCAGUCGAUGGGUCAGAUCCUCGAGAGCUCGGCCAAGAGCGACGAUUGGUUCCUCAACGCUCUCAAUAGCGCUGGCCUCCUCAAUAGAGGAUUCUCAGAUUCCGAUACAAACGUCAAUCGUUUACUUGGUUUGGACGAUGCUCUUGCUCAACGCUCUAAUUCCGGAGAAAACGGAAACAAUCUCGAUUCCAGUGUCAAUAAUGACGAUGGUUCCGUUAAAAGCGCCAAGCAGCAGCAGCAGCAACAACAAAUCCAGCAGCCUCCGCCGCAGCAGCAAGGAGGGCAAGAUGUGCACAACUUGCCGGAUUCUCCGAUGUUGGAUACUUCCUCGUCUUUUGGGUCAACUUCUUCUUCACCCUCGCUCGCGAAUCUGCCGCCGAUUCGUGUCCACGUAGAGGAAUCCGGCGGGGCUAGGGGGAUGCAGGAUCAGAGACUGGGCAUCGAGGAACAGUUCGCACGAUUUAACGUCGGGAAUAAUAAGCAGCUCCAGCAUCAGCAGGAAGACGGAUUUGCGGCGAUCUCGUCACCACCUCCGAUGCCUGUUACAAUCGCUCUCCCAGCUGCGCCGGUGAGCGCGGCGACCGCGUCAAGCGAGUUCCAGACGAGGGUUAUCUUAGACGACGAGAGAUCUGAUCACGGUGUUGCUGCUGGAUACAGAAAGCCUCCGACUCCACGUUCGCAGCCGCAGAAUCUUGCUCCUCAGCAAGCUCAUCAGGUGAAAUCAAAUAGCGGUGGAGGACACGAGCUACCAUCACCCAAUUCCGUUUCAAGUGAUAGCAGCAUGAACAACCCAAUGUUCCACCCAAAAACUUCGGCUUACCAAGAACCCAUAUCUCAGAUGCCUUCUGGUUCCACUGUAGUUGCUGGUUUGAUCAACCCUUCGGAUCCAAACACACUCUUAUCCCAGAAUCAGAAUCAGGAGCCAGGCUACAUCAUUAACCCUCAAUUCGAGCAACAACAAUCUACACAAUCUCAGCCACAGCUGCAGCAGUUCAUACACGCUGCUCCACCACAAUACAUUCAUCACCAUCCCUCUAGUGGCCGUCCUGUCCCGACUUACAUCCAAGUUUACCCUUCCCAGCAGCAACAGUCCUUCCACAGGCACCCAGGUCAACUUGAUCAGCAGCCUUACCCUGUUUAUUACGUCGCUGCUCCUCCCCCACCUAUGCCCUACAGUGUGAGCGAGGCUCCAGGGUCACUCCCUUCUAGCCAUCCUCAGGCACCGCCAAGUUCCACCAUGAUGCCUCCACCUCCCAACAACCACAUGAGAAGUGUUCCUGGUGGCAAACCUGAGACUGGGGUUUACACCACGGCGACAGGUAUGGGCGGUGCUCAGAUGGUUCAUCAGAUCCCUACAAGCCAGCAGCAGUUCAUGGGGUUUUCGCAGAUUCAUCACCCGCCUCAGUCUGCUUCAGCUGGCAUUCCCAACUAUGGAUAUGAAUACGCGGACAAUGCUCAUAAACAGGUAUACUACACGCAGCCUCUGGGACACGCACAGUACCAGACAAUGACCGGGCCUCCACCUGCUAUGGUGUUGCCUGAUGGCUCUGCUCCUGCUAAGCUUCCAGCUGAGAACAUGACUCAACAGAUCCGGAGUUCACAGCCAUUGUGACAUACGAAGGCACGAGGAAGAUGGAACACAAUUUUGGAGGAAGAAAACCCUGGGUUGGUUUUUUAAACAUAUAAAUAUAUAAUUUUUUUUACUUUCUUUUUUUUUAUUUUUAUUUUUUAAAUUGCUGCAUCAAGAAAGAGUCUGGCUUCAUGUUGGUUUGGUAUUAUGGAUUAUGUCAAAAAGUGUUGUGUGAGUAUUAGAGAAUAAGGAGGUAGUGCUGCUUUCUUUGGAAUUUACAUUAUAGUUUCUCGAUGGAUACUGGUGCUUUACCAUUUUCCUGGAUCUUAUAUCAUAUUAUUAUCAUUCAUUUAUACUGUAAAUGAUUCCCAGUGGCUCUCGCUUCACUCCUUAACCAUUUC